AUAUUUCAAGACAACUGAAUUCAAGACAAACCAUUCCAAAAGAUAAAUUACAUACAUACUCAGGAUUAAAGGUCAAAUAAUAUACAUUAGUGUCUUACAAAUGGACACCUGUACCAAAGUCUGCACAACUGGGAUUGUUAGCAUGUAUGGCUAAACCAGGAUGAUUUCUUUCUCAGACACAUUAAGGCAAAUAAAUGAUUUCUUAAAACAGCUUGGAAAGUACUGGCUCCUGCAGCAGCAAACGUUUCACUUGCACUAUUCCAUUUAGAUCUCUUAAUAUUCCCAAGACAUCAUUAUAGGCCUCCACCAGGGUCAGCUGUUUGUGCACAGGGGGCCCCCUGGUGGGCUCAUCCGGUGCUGGCGUCUUGGCAACUCCGCGUCUUAUUUUGAAAAACACCGUCGGAAGCCAUUUUGUGAGUCUUCCACCGACUUGACGCAGCCGGACCGACCGCGGCACAUUUUUUUGACAGCGGAAAUGAGGAGUUGCCACUUUUUUUUCCGCGUGAAGUUCGUGGCUGAAACUUUUUCUUUUUCCUCGUCUUUUUUUUCUCUCUCUCUCAUCUCUCUCUCUCUCUCUGCGGAGGAAACCGUGGCCGUACGCUCACAAUGAGAGAGAAGGAGACGGGCUUUUCAGCACGCAGCUUCUCCUCCGGUGUCCACUUUCUGUUGCUCCUCGCCGACGUCGUUUUGACUCAUUUUAGAUGCUUCUCGACACAUUUCCGUUAUGCGAAGUCCAACUUGUUGGUUAGUCGUCGUGCUGUGGGUGCCCAUCGGAGAUAACGGAGAACUGGUGGUCGCCAUGGUGAUGUCGCAGUGUGAAGGCCAAACAUGGAGUCAGACACGAAGAUAGUCACCUGUCAGCACAUCAAGGGGGAGUUUUGUAGUGAUUCUCAGCCGGUCUGGUUACUGCAAUGAAUGGUAACACUAUACAUCCAGCCAACACCACCACAACAGCAGGAGGAGGCCCUGGCGUGGCAGCGCCCCCGAGAGGCUGGUGGGAAUUCUGCGAGCUGCACGCCAUCACCACUGCCCAGCAGCUGGCCGAACACUACCGGAGCUUUGCCAGAGAGCGACCACAGCAUGACGUGCUCCCUCCAGAGACCUUUUCCAAGCAGUUCACCGACCUCUUCCAGCAACACUUCUGCUGCGAGGUCGACAAAGAUGGCACGCCACUCAGCCAGAACACGUGCUCUACUGUUCCCGGUAGUUCCUCCUCCACCACUCCGGCAGGUUCUCCCAUUCCAUCACAGGCCGUAAUGGGUCGAUUGCGGAUCACAUCUCUGUCUGAGGUGCAGGACUAUCGGGAGGCGAGCCGGCCAAGCGGAGGAGCUGCUCGUUUCACUGUGGUGUCACCAAAAGUGGAGCCGGUGGUGGUGAGUCGAGAACAGGAGCAGCCGCUGCGAUGUGCUGUGGGAAAUCCUUUAGCUGGAAACCCAGUGGUGCUCAGAGGGUCAACUCGUAGUAUCGGCGGUGGGUCACUAUUGAUUCGUAGCCGCAGCAAUGAGGAGGUCUCUGGCAAUGAUCGUCGUCAGGUAUCUGAACGGUACUCUUCAGGCUCCUCAGCCUCCAGCCCUGGCCACGCCGACAUUACACAUUUCUCUGUCAAACAGAUUCGGGAGACAGUAAGACGUCUACUCAAGAAACGGCCGCUCCCCAGCCCCCCCUCAUCCCAGGACCUGUCUCCUAGCCGCCCAAACCCCACCAACAACAACAAUCCCCCAAAUAAUAGUGACAGAGUGGGUGGGAUUUCUUCUACGAAUGAGGAAGCGUCAUCCUCCUCCUCAUCCUCCCACUCUUCCUCUUGUCUGAACUCUGAAGCCACGCCCCCGGCCUCCUCACAUAUGUUCAUGACUGGGUUAGCCUCUCACAUCCUUGGUCAAUUCCGUUGGUUCCGCAGUGGAAGCAUGAGGCAGAGACGGUCAGAGGUGAGCGGCUGCUGUAAAGAGGACCAACUGAGGUACUUGUUGGUGGAUGACACUAUCUCAGACACUCUGCCCCCCUGGCAACGCUGCCGCCUGCUGGUCAGGAGGAUUAUGGACGCUCAAGGAGGAGGAAGAGAAGGAGGGGAGAGGUACCAGUUGGAGCUCUAUGAUCCUCCAAAGGCCUCCAGUCCCAAGCUGACGACUCACUGCUCAGAUAUUCAAGAAGUCCGUCGUUGCAACCGGCUGGAGAUGCCAGACAACUUAAACACGUUUGUUUUAAAGGUUAAUCGAGGUAGUCUGAUAUUUGAGACGGACAGCGACCAGCAGGUCAGCUCCUGGACCAUAGAGCUAAAAGAAUGUAUCAGCUGCAGGUCAGGCAGUGUUGAUCUGGAGCCCCUCCCAUCUCCAGCUGACAGCUCUGCUCCAGCCAAUCACAGAGGGAGUUCAGAGUUGGGGAGUCAUAGUCCUGUCACAUUUCCCCUGCCAGAGCAAGUAAGCCAGAAGACAGAUCACUUCCUGUUUUCCUACCCCUGGUUCCACGGGCCCAUAUCCCGCGUCAAGGCAGCCUAUCUGGUUCAGAGCUCUGGACCGGAGGGUCACGGAGUGUUCCUGGUCCGACAGAGCGAGACACGCAGAGGAGACUACGUCCUCACGUUUAACUACCAGGGUAAAGCAAAGCACCUGCGCCUCUCUCUAACAGAAUGGGGUCAGUGCAGAGUACAACACCUGCGCUUCCCCUCUGUUAUGGACAUGCUCAGCCACUUCCGCCUCUUCCCCAUCCCGCUGGAGUGUGGAGCGGCGGGUGCCGUCACACUGUCCAGCUUUGUAGUGGCGGGCUCCAGCCCUCCAUCGCAGGGUCAGCUCUCAGGCGCUCUCCUCGUCCCUUUCUCCCUCCAUCGGUGGAGCUCUGAGCCCAGCUUGGCUCACUGCAGCUUGGCAGGCAGCUCCAGUCAGCCCCCUUCCUCCUGCUCCACCAGCACCACCUCCAGUCCCAGCUCUGUUUUCCAGACGGGGAACCACCCAUUCACUCGCACCAACCCCACCCCCAAUCCUCCUCCAUCAGUCCCCGCACCUCUGCGUCGGAGUGAAUCGAUGGGGAGGAGACCCCUGCUUCGCCACCCCAACCCCCACAUCCCUCAGCGGGACUCGGACUAUGAGCUGGAGCCUGAGCGGGGUCGCAAGCGGGCCAUAGACAACCAAUACAUGUUGCUCUGAUACCGCCCUGUCAAACACCUCCAUCACCUCUGACAGUCACAUGACCAUGCACAUGUCACACAGACACAUUUGAUAACACCGCCCAGCUCCAUGUGGGUGUGUGAGACUCUCAGAGAGCGCGUGAAAGUGAUUACUAGCAGACUCAUGAACGUAAGUGAACAAAUCUCCAUCUGAUGAAUGCGCAGAACAGAACAUGCACACACACUCACUAUGUGUGUGUUUACCAGUGUCAGACCCUCAUAACCUCCACCCUGAGUGUCCACAGUGAAUGUAUUUUUGGGAGUUUAUAACAGUGUUGACAGUGAUGAUUAUCCUCGUUUAUUGGUUCUGUGUGAGAGAGAGAGAGAGCCACAUGUGUAGCUGUCCUCUAGCCCAGGCAAAAAAAAUAUUUUGAAAUCUUUCGAUCAUUGUGAAUUUGUAGAGGUGCGCUUGAUUUAACUCCUUUUGCACUCGACCUGAUCUGACGGGGAGGCACUGCCUGUGAAAUGAGAUGAAUCAAGUGCUCCUGUAAAAUAUUUAAGAGACAUUUAAUCUUCACACACCAGAUUUCGUGUGGAGCACACUCCCACCUUUUUUAUACAAACACUCUAUUUCAGAGUGUCUAUACACUCUAUUAGAUAUUCCUCCUCUUGCUCAUUAUUAUAUUUUGAAGUGCACAAUGCUUUCAGUGCACUUUGGAAACAAUGUGUAUUUUUUCUAUACACAGAUUCUUUCGUAGAAAAAUUUUUGAAAAAAUUAAGUAAAAAGGGGAAAACUUGGUUAAAGUCAGACGGGAAGCUGAUGUGCUCCCACCUCCUUCAAACCCUCACUGAAGCAAAUACAGAAAUGAUUCCAGAUCAGCUUUCAUUGGUGGGAACGUGUUGCUGUUUGUGGUGUGUUUGUUCAUCUGGAUGUCUGUGAUGAAAAGUGUAUGUGAGAAGACUGAAAGUGUAGUCGAUCAGCAUGAUGGUGCUGAUCCCAGGCUGGUACAGUUAUUGCCACACUUGCCAACCUUCCCGUUUUUUCAAUGCCCUCCCCCAGUUUCGCCCUCGGUAUCACAGUUCUCCUGCAGACUCUCGCACCGUUUUCACAAUUUAGUUAUCACAACCUGUUUCUGCAGUCAGCAUGUUGUUUACGGUACUUUUACGCCUAGCCCUCCUCGAAAUACUCAAAUUGCGCAAAUUUCUGACGUUCUGGAUUUAUGAAUUUCAAUUUCUUAUGGAGAGGGGCAUUAAAAUCUGCUUCAUCAAAAUAAAUGAAAGAAAUUAGUUUGUAUUCAACAUAAAAAUGGUGUUGCAUACACUUAUUUUAUUUUAAUUCUUUAAACUUCGCCAGAAUGCAGGAAGCAAAGUCUCAGCUGAGGUUUUCAAAAAUCCUGACUACUUUUGAGGUGACAGGGUUGGCAAGUAUGGUUCUCCACCGAGAGUCUGCGAGUGAAUUCAUGUCUCAAGACUCACGAGAAGAAUUUUUAUUUUGUUGUCUUUGUUGUGACACGUUACAUUUCAAGCACCAAAGGCAUUGUGUGCACAGUUAACCUCUGAGUGAGAACAAAGUAAUCCAAGAAAAAAAUUAAUAUUAUUAAUUUAUUUUUGCAUCCUGCAACAAAAUCAUUACCACAACAGAUCGUACACCAUAGAGCACUUGAUACAAAGCCACCUUUCCUGACGUCUAUCAACAGUUUCAAGUCACAAAAGAUAGUUUGUGCCACUAAAUUAAUUUAGAAAAAAGUGAACUUCUGCCCUGUUUUCUGUAUGCAUUGUCACUUACAGGUGCGACAGAAGGACCGUCAUUAGUGUUUGAUACUGACUGUAGCAUCGGAUCAGUAUCGGCAAGUACACAGUUCAUUGGACGCGAUUCAUUUAUUAGAAACCGGAGAAUGCUUGUGGGUCCCUCAAUAACCAGAGUUCUUACGACAUAAGUAUCUGAUAUCCAUAAACGGAAAAAGGACUUGCGUAACAUCCAUUCUGGGCUAGUACAAUACAGCUGUUAAAUAUAUUUUUUAACACACUGGUUAUCAGAUUGUCACUCCGUAUCAGCCAGUACACGUUCAGAGGCCACUAUCAGGAGAAAAGAUAAGCUUCUCUCUGCAGGAGUUGUUUGUCUUGAUGGCAACUCGAUGUGCACGAGGGUUUGACUUAGGGUUAUUUUGUAGCACAGCACACCUUCAACAAAUACAGAAUGUAUUGGGAUUAAAAUGAUUAUGGAAAUAUUAAAAGCUGUUGUAAGCGUCGUCGUUUUAGCAAACUUCUGUCCUUUUCGCAGUUGGCAAUGCUAAUUAUUAUCUGAGCGAGAAGAUGACGCGUACACCAGCUUUAAUUAUCGCACUCCAAUAAUUCCCAUCCAUUUAUAUCGAUUUUGUGGCUUGAAAAGUGUAUUAUGUCACCAGAAUGAGACUUUGCACCUCAGGAUGACUUUUGUAAAGCAGUAAAUAGGCACCCAAACGAAAACAUAACCCUGAAACAUAACCCUUCACUCGCGAGGACGUACAAACCAAAACAGUGUGAAUCAAAUCUUGGACUCAGAAUUUAUUUGCCUCGUCUUGUCCUGUCGUUAAGUGAGCGUGGGAGCACGAGGAUCAGUUUUGUCUUGGUUUGAUAAUCUAACAUCCUGAAGAAGACGGUGACAGGAUGCAACUCCUGAGAGACAGAAGUGCCUCUGCAGAUUUCAACAUUUAUUUUCUUAGAGCAUCUUCGGGCUAAUCCUGAAGCCGCAUCAUGUCUCCGAUGUUUUACACUCAUAGCAUUAAUUGUUUUUCUGAGUAGUUUCUGUACAACUUCACCACCGCAGCCAACAGAAAACCAAGGAGGGACAGUCGGAAUGAUAUAUUUUUACAUCAUUUUUAAUAGACGCAUGAGCUCUGUGUUUAAAAGAGAGGUUUUAUGUGUGUGACGUGAUGGUAAACACCAAAGCGUUGGUCUUUUGUCCUCUUGCUUCAAGUUUCUAAGCUCUUGAACUGGAUUUUUUUGACCAAUCAACAGUGUAUUGUGCCUUUGACAUCACACCUUUGAAGGUUCAUACCACCAGUUUAAAGCUGCACUGACUAUAACAGCCGUCCAUCACUCGACUCAGGUGUGAAUUUUAGUGUCAGGAGUUGACACCAUACCUGUUUUUUUUUUUUUUAUUGGGAACAGAGGAACACAUCUGAGAAUGAAGCCUCUACCAAAGCAGCUGUUAUUUUUUCCCUGAAUAGUUUCAGAUUCCUCCUAAGUGUCUGAAGAGCUGAUUUGUAAACCAAAGUGAUCCAUGAGAUCUAUGAGAUCAACCUGUGGGGCGACACUGGAUUUGUGACAACUCUUUCCAAAAAAAAAAAAGCAAAAUAUCUUCUGAACAGGGACUUCCUUUUUUGCAUGAAAGUGGCAGUUUUGAAACACCAAAGAUGAAAAGUCUGAUUUUCUGUGAUUCCUUUUGAUAACUGAAGCUUCUCUUCCUUUAGCAGCAGGAUGCCUUUGGGAAAUAGCGUGCUAGGAUGCGUCUGUUUGUCUUCUAAUCCUUUGCUUUAACACUAACUUCAGCAGCUAAUUAAGAUUUUACUUCAGUAAACUUGUGCUUAAUGGCUCCGUCUGUCUCCCUGCACCCUUUAUCAUUGUAGUUUCCUGUUUUAUUUCUUUUUUGUUUGUUUUUUUAAGAGUAAUGCAUGAUUGCAACUUCAUUUCCUCAUGACCAUGACCGGAGUAUGUCCGCUGUGAUUACUCCUCUUUGUUGCGCAAUAAGUCAUCUAAGGAACAUUUUUACAAUGGUUGUGUAGUUCUCUUUUAAUGUAUCAUAAUGAUCAAGACUGACAUCUCUGAAGUGUUUAAGGGGAACAAAAACAAGGAUGUUUUUGGCAAAAGUACGGUUGGUCUUCCUGCCUUUUAUGUGUCCGAGUCUAAACAAAUCUCUCGUCACCUCGUCUCUGCUAAAGGAAAGCAACGGUAACAACUAUUUUGACUAUCAGUCCUCUCUCUCCUUCUCUCUUUCCUCCUUCUUCUUCUUCGGGAGAAUGACUGUGCCUUUGCCAGAAAGCUGCUGUUGCUUUUUCCCCUUUUUCUUUAUGAAAGCUCAGGAUGUGAUGUGGUGCAGAACUUGUGUAGUGCAAUAUCUGAGAGAUGCAGUGCUUCACACCUGUGUGUAGGGAGCGAUCAGAGGCUUCUAGAUGGAGGACUUUAGUGAGAAUUCAGUGUUUGCACCUGCUCAAGAGUAAAAAACAAAAAAAUUUAAAAAAUCUGACGAACGCCAAAGUUUCCAGAAAACAUGCUAUAUUUAAAACCAGGGCUACUACUAUUGCUUUUUACUCCAGUUUGUCGGCAAGAAUCGAGUUACCGCUUCAGAAAAAAAUUCCCCCGUGUACCUCAGGUGUCUUCAAUCCUCAGUAUCCACUCCAUCGACACCUUCAGUCUCCCCUUCCCGCCAACCGUCUGUUUGUUUGUUUUAAUAAAAUGUCCAGUUGAUGAAUGUAAUGUGUUCUCAAUACUGUUCAUCCUGUUUGUUCACUUAGCACUGUAAACAUUCCAGUUCAACCCCAACGUCCCCUCAGCAGCCAAUGAAAAACCACAACAGCUUUUCAAAUCUGUCAUUGUGUUUGCAUCCUUUUUCAGUAAUAAGCAUCUAAAUUAUAUUAAAUAUAUAUCAACUGUAUAUUUGACUUUUUGUAAAAUAAACCUAACCAAAAAAAAAAUUA